AUGCUAACAAUAUCUUCUUCAUCUUUAACACCAAUAAUUCGUGGAUCAAUUUUUCGUCGUCGUCGUUCAUCAUCAUUAGAUCUUUAUCGUCCACGUACAAUUAUUAUUGAAAAACCAACACCUAGUGCAUCCUAUGGCUUUUCAAUUCAAACAUAUGGUUUUGCUUCAUUAAAUUCUUUAUCAACCGAUGAAUCAGCAUGUUCACUUAUAUCUUCAUCAUCAGAAAGUACAACAAGUCGUAAAUCAUUAACAUCAAAUUCAUUUAGUUCAUCAUCACAAAUAGCACCAAUACAAUUAGUUACAUAUGUCGAUUAUGUACAAGAUAAAAGUCCCGCAUGGGAAGCAGGUUUACGUUCUGGUUCAGUUAUUUUAUCUGUUAAUGAUCAAACAGUUGAAAAUGAUGAUCAUGAAAAAUUAGUUCAACGUAUAACACAAACAUCAACAGCACAAUUGAAAUUAGUUGUUAUACAACAAAAUAUUAAUAAACAAAUAGCAUUAUGUGAACAAUUACAACAGUUACAGAAACAAUUACAUGAAAAAGAAGAAGAAUUAGAAGAAUUAUGUAAACAAGAAAUGACUGGCGAAGAAGAUGUAUCCGUUAAAGAAACUGAUUCUUCGCUGCCGUCACUUCAACAUUUGGCUAUGAAUCUACGAGAGCGUACAUCAUCAUUUUGUCAUGAUAAAAUUCCAUUAGAUUGGCGUCAAAGUGUAACAAAUUUUGCUCAUCAACAAAAAUUAGUAGCUCAAACCUUACCUUCAAUAUUAAAUUCUUCUACAUCAAAAUAUACCAAAAAUCGUCAAAUAAAUCCUUCGCAAAAUCAUCAACGUAGCAUGUCACUAUCAACAAUUGUUUUUCAUUAUUCAAAAUCAUCAUUACGUCGUUAUCAGUCUCCAUUAAUUAAUCAACAAACAAAAAAUCAUCGUCGAGCAUUUUCAUAUGAAGAAUUAUUUUCAUUAAAUAAGAAUACACAUUAUAUUUCAUCUAAUCAUCAACAAGAAGAAAGUAUGAUUGAAUCUGGUUGUUCAUUAGCAAUGGAUUUAUCAAGAAGUUUUAAUCGAAAAAGUUCUCAAUCAUCAUCUUCAUCCUCUUCCUCCUCCUCAUCAUCAACAACAAUAAAUAUGGAUAAUAUUGAAAAUAAUCAAAAAGAAAAAAUUGAUAAUAAAAUCAAACAAUUUAAAUGGAAAUUAAGGAUAAAUAAAUAA